AUGGAGCGUCCGCGAGGAUUGCCCGAGAACCCAGCCCAGGCCCGACGAGCCGCCGCUGUGGCGGCAUUGAACGUCUCCCUACCUCCCGUCCCUCCCUUCCGUCAUGCCUCGUCGAAUCCGUCCCUUUCGGCAUCCGCUACUCUCUCGCCCGGCCAGGUCAUUGGCCUGGCGAUGGAGGCAAUGAGGGCUGCCCUCAAUGAGAGCGAUACGCAGGCUGCCGAGGCCAGUGGAGUCAGCAACGACCUUCGCCCAGGCCUGACGAUUGACCUGAGCCGAAAGAACAUCCAGUCCCUACCAGAUGAGGUGGUCGAUAUAAUAAAGAAUGAAUUAGAACGACUUGCCCUCUCGCACAAUUUCCUCCAGGGCUUUCCGGCUAGGUUUGGCGAGUGUACCUCGCUGCGAUAUCUCAAUGUCAGACAGAACAAGAUCAAGGAGUUCCCGCUCUCACUUUGCGAUCUUAGGUCUCUCGAGAUUCUGGACCUCGGACGGAACAAGCUGAGAGUCCUGCCGCCGGAUAUCAUCAAACUCUCGUCGUUGAAGGUGUUUGCCGUCCAGAAAAACAUGAUCUCGGAACUGCCCCUCUGUUUGGCUGAUAUGGCCUCGCUGCAAGUCCUCAAAUUGGACGGGAACCCAAUCAUCUUCCCCCCGCCUGAAGUGCUGCAGAUUCAGGCAGCAAGUCCGCCAAAUGAAGGGUUCCUGAAGGAGAGCGAAGUAACUGAGGUGACAGUGACGGCCCACGUCAAGAAAUUCCUGAGGCAGAGGGCUGCCGCACUUGAAGGCGACACGACUGGGGACGAGUCUAGUGAAGGCACUGAGACUCCUCGACCGCCGAUAAAGCGCGUCAUGAGUGGCCGCUUCCCGAUCAAAGUGCCAAAUGGGCCCGAUGCGUCCGACAUGCGCUCUCCAAACAUUUCCCGCCCGCCACCAAUCCCUACCCGGUCUCACUAUCGCGGCUUAUCACAGCAAAACACGCGACGGCCUGGCGUCAUGCCACUGACGAUCGGCAACGUCAACGAGCGUCUCCGUAGCAACUCGGAAACUCUUCUCCAGGCGUCGAGAGCAGAACGACCGGAAAGCAGGUCCCGUCGGAUGGGAGUAGUUUCUAAAAUGGCUUCCGAGCUGGGGACCCUGGACGAAACCCAGGCAAACAACAGAUUUAGCCAUUACAGAGGCUUGAGCCACGGUUCGGCCAUGCAGGGUCCAGGUGCAGCAAGCAUGGCAGCCAAGAGCCCUGCGAGCCCGGCUGAGCCGUUCCUGCAGCGGCCAGUCUAUGUCCGCCGGCUCUCCGUCUUGCCCGAGCGAAGGGGCGAGUCCAAGAUUUUUGAUCCAGUGCUGGAAGCGGCCAAGGGAAUCCUAUAUUCGGUCUUCCAGAUCCACCCCAUGAUUCAGAUGUUGUUGAGUCUCACCAACGACGGCACAGCUAAGCGCUCGAGCCUAGAACUCGUCUUCUACAACACAAAUACCCAAGUCGAGGAGCUGGAGCUGGAGAUACAGAAGCAUGAUCCCGCCCUCCAGGAUGGCUACGGACCGCAGGAGAACGAGAACGUUCAGAGUGCAUGUGUCACCCUGGUCAAUGCCUAUGCCCAUGUCUGCUCACUACUUGCGAGCAAUGUCGAUCUCUUCAUCGAUAACGGCGACCCGCGGUACAUCCGGACUCUGCUCACUCAGCUCUAUAAUAGCAUCAUGGAGCUGCGUGUGACGUGUACCCAAGUUACCCCUGCCUCUGCCCCUCCCCCUGAUGACGGAUACAGGAGAGCAGUGGGUCGCGCGGCCAUUGACAACACCAUCCGAGCAUACCCCCGAGAGAACAAUACCAUCACACCGACCGCUGAUAGACCAGGAAUCAACAACGUCAGGGGUCGGAAUGGGAAUCUAGUUCACAACCUAAGCAGCCUCAGGGUGGCAACUGAUGUUCCAGUGCCCAUGCCGUACAUCAAUGGCACUGGCCGGACAGCAACCAUCAUGUCUGCUACUCCUCGGUCAGGGGAAUCCUUCGUAUCCUCAAGCACAACGGGUGGUCUCGGUCUCUCGUCCGAUUUCGCAGACGAGGACCGCAUGUUCGAGAGGAUAUUCCUAUCCCUUCAAACAUCGUCUGAGCUGGUCAUACGAGCUCUGCCGAACCUUAAUAUCCAGUUCACCGAUGCCCUCCGGAAUGCCAUGACCCAGCGAGCACCCGACAAGAUCAUCGGAUGCUGGAAGAUACUGGUUGCCGAGUGCAGCACAGCAAUUCAGCAGACCGAGACACUGAGGAACCGCCUAUCCCAGAUCAAACUUAAGGAGCCUGGCAUUAGAACCCAGGCCACAUUCUGGGCCAUAUGCAAGAGGUUCCUUGAAUCCUGGGGCAGCCUGGGCACCCAGAUGAAGGAGCUGAUGCAUGUCGUGGCCUUACCCUUUGACAUGAAAACGCGACUGCGCCCAAUCCAGCAAACAAUCAAGGAAACCACCACCCUAAUCUUAUCAUCUCCAUGGUCAGACUUCUUCCCCCGUCAGUCCGGCUCUGGCCAGUCCAUGAUGAGCCCUGAUGGGUCACAGUCUGGGAACCCAUUCCCGCUGCCCAUGACGCCACAGAGUGCUGCGCUAGGCCCAGCUGUACAGGCUACAGUUCCCUCCACUCCACAGAGUGCCUCAUUCUCCACGGCCUUCAACGGCAGUGUCUUUGAGCGUGCCGACGCCCUCAUCUCCCUGGGUGGCUUCUCCAUGUCUCGCACGACGACUAUGAAUUCAACAUCCACGGCGAGCCUUCACUCUAUCAGCAGCGCAUUGUCGUCUCAAGAUAGCAGCUUACCUCCCUCGAUGAUGCUCAGCCCUGGUCCCGGACCUGGUCCUUUGGGCCCUCUCCCCGGUAGCUGGUCGGGGAGUAGUCGGGGGAGCUGGUCGGGGAGCGGGGAGGGGAGUCGGGAGGGGAGCGUUGCGGGGCGCGGUGAGGGGGGUGGACGGGGAGACCGAGAUGGGGAUGUCGGGAUGGAGGAUCCGGUCGUUCAGGACAGUGGGAAUGCCGAGCGGGUCGACAAGGGCAAGGCUAAGGAGACGGACCUUGGUGACAGUAUGGAUGUGGAUGUGCCUGUAUUGGACAGUCUGAAAACAGCCGGAGCGACUGCAGACACUUCCACAAUCGGCAAUCCGGACGUGGAUGUACCGCCAACGGCUCCCAGGCUGGAUAUUCCUGGGAAGGAGCUGUCGAACACGAGUCUCGAGGUCGAGCUGAGAAGCGCAAUGGACCAGCCGAUCGUAGAGGAAGCAGCGCUGUCGAUGGGUUCUUCAUGA